CAAGAUCGUGUCCUCCGGGAAAGAAAUCAACAAGAAAAUGGAGUGCAUCCGGCAUAUUUUAACGUAUGCAACAAGUAUAUAGUGGGCAUAUCAAAUUUUACGUCUGAACACAUACCUGAUGAUCUAUCAUACUUUAUGACAAUAGUUGAUACGAUUGGUGUUGAGGUUCCAAUAAUUAAAGGAAUAUUUUUUCCCGUCGAAUUAGAGGAAAUGGACUCAACAAAUAUUAAGGAAGAUCCAAAAUUAAGUACCGAAUUUUACAAGCAUCUUACAAAUAUUAUGACAAGGUGGGUUGAAAAACAUGCUGUAAAUGUACUUUAUGUCAUGAUUAACGUGGUUGUACACUAG